CCUCAAUGCGAUCUCCUUUCGUUGUGCUCGUCUUUAUCAGUGUAUUCUCAUUAUCUUGCGUUUUCCUUUUGUAUCAUGCAGGCUCCGACAUUAUCUCUUCUUUGUCACCCCAGGGCUGUCGAAUGUCCUGGAUGUCGCCAUCCUAUGUUCUCCAAGCCGCUUUCAAUGACCGCUGGACGCCACUGGCCUCACGAUAUUCGCUGUAUCUGUACCGCGAAGUUGGAUGGGAGUCCCCCUCUGAGCUUCAUGGAUCGCCAGUUCUCUUUAUCCCUGGGAAUGCGGGUUCGUCACACCAAGUUCGGUCUAUAGCGUCCUCGGCGACUCGUCAGUUCUUCUCUUCUCCCUACCACAUCUCUUCGGAGUUCGAAUCUCACUCUUAUAAACAUCUGGAUUUCUUCGCACUGGAAUUUAACGAGGAUCUUUCUGCAUUUCAUGGGCCUACUCUUGAUGCCGAAACGAGCUAUGCACGGGCAGCUAUCAGCUACAUCCUCGCUCUCUAUCCUGAACCAACAUCCGUGAUUGUGCUUGCGCACUCGAUGGGCGGAACAGUGGCCACUGCUCUACUCCCCCACCCGAACAUAUCUGCCAUUAUAACGAUGUCCACCCCGCACAAACUUCCACCCGCCCGACUCGACCGUCGCGUCGACACCAUCUUCGCGUCCAACCGACGCAUUCUGGCUGAGGACCCGACACCAAUUAUCUCUCUUUGCGGAGGUGCGACCGACCUGCUCGUUCCCGCAGAGUCUUGCAUCAUACCUGUGUCGAAGCCAAUGCAAGAGACGUACCGGCGGACAGUGUUCACGAGCGCAUUAGAGGGCGCAUGGACUGGUGUAGGACAUAAGGAGAUGGUGUGGUGCCACCAGGUGCGCUGGCGCAUAGCGAGAGCCGCAAUCGAGCUUGCCGCUGUAUCGCAAUCGUCACCGACAGAACGGGGAAAGGCACUUGAUCGGUGGCUGAGAGAUGGGCACACACUUCCAGAAGGUGCCACACGAACGAGCAGCUUUGACGUCAACGGUGGUGAGGUCGAAUACCUUGGCGCGUCCUCAUCGCUGGUAUUACGCCAGCCGUCCUUCUCGGGCUCGCGCACAUAUUUCCUCCCGAUUCCUCUGCAACCGAGAACCAAAUUCACGCUGUACCUCUCCCGCGGAUCCUUAGCGCCGAUAUCACCGCAUACUCCCCUUCCUUUACGUGUCUCAGUCUUCCAAUGCUCCAGAUCACCUUUUGAGACAUGUACAAAUCUUUCCCCAACAGUGUUGAAACUCGUUCCGGAGCCAAUUGCAGGCAUGUCGUUCCCAGUCCCAGAUGAGGGGACGGAUGAGAGUGAGGGAGUGGUCGUAUUUGCUGCUGAUGUAGAGGCAGGGCGAGAAGAGCAGAGCUAUGUUGCAGUCCACGUAGAGGGUGCGGAUGGAAGGGGUUGGAUUGUUGCUGGAUUCAGUUCCGCCGAUGUGGUUGUGAGUGAUAUUGGAGUAUUAGAUCUUGCGUGGUCGAGGGUGAAGCUUCAUUUUUCGGGAAGUCCACUUUGGACACAAGUCUCGUUUCCCAAGCUGUUAUCAAGCUCUCUGCUUGUAUACCGGCUCACUCCUCAGCUGAAGGAUGAAUCAUCUUGUUCAGAUGCACAGUUUGUCCCCAUCCUCCAACACACCUCCCACCAGUCUGAGACACACUACUUCUCACUUGACCCUCAUAGUCCACGCAAGCCGAUCCUUUUGCACUCACAUGCAUCCGGGCCAUUCCUGCCUCCUACAGCGCCCGCUGCGGGAAAAGGAUUCAAUCUUACGGUGUACUCCUCGGACGAGCGAGGUUGCGCUCUGGAGAGCAUGGUAUUGACGGUGGAUUGGUGGGGUUCAUUAGGACGGUGGGCAGGUCGAUAUGCUCAGGCAGCAGUUGCCUGGGGUGUGGGCAUUUGCGCACUCAUACUGCACUAUGCAUGGAGUGUCACAGAAGCAGGAGGGCCCUCACCCUCCAUCGUGCACAGUCUUGCGCAUAUAGUUUCUUAUGUGCUCCCGCGUUUACUUCCGGCGUCUAUCGUGAUAUCUUUGCUGCCGUUGCCUGAAAGUCUCUGGUUGGGCAACGCUGGCGAACCUGCUUUCGCGAUAAUUGCACCGAUCUUGCUUGGUGUCACAGUUGGGUUAAUAGCCAUCACAUGGGUCGUAGUCGGCGGAUUGGUUCAGCUGGUAGGAAGGAUUACUGCCUUCUUCCCGAGAAGAGCAUUAAGAGCACCAAGGCCUAGAGAAACCAGUUCGCGGCGAAAUGCGCUGUUGUCCAUGGGUCUCGUAGUCUUUCUUAUCAUCGUGAUCAUACCGUGGCAAGUGGCUUUUCUAUGUGCAUGGAUAUACCACUUCUAUACAUGUGCAGCGAACGCCUCGUUGGCAUUUUAUCCAGCACCAUCUACUGCUAUUUCCCUCAUCCCUCGGCAAGCCUCGUCCUCGAAUUUUCCCACUAGUGCGCAUGGUGCCUCCCGCGUGUCGUCUUCUCCCUCCUCUCAGCCACCUUCUCCAUCGUCGCCUUCCCUACGAGAUGCUCCUGCCGCUGAUGCGAAUGUCUUGGACGCGAAACACAACCAGGAUCAGCAUCUGCUAUUGAUCAUGGCGUGGUUGUUGCCAAUCGCUGCCCCCGUGCUUGUAGUUUGGGUGCGUACGGUUGCGGGAUCUGGGAUCAGGGCCGUGUGGGGAUCAGCCUCGGGCUGGGGUCCGGACAGGAAUGUGUUGAUCGUCGCGCCAUGGCUCGUCUUAGUCGAAUGGGCGGGCUCUGGUGGCAGUCUCUUCACUCAAGCUGGGAUAUUGUCCUGGCCGAGGCACGCGGUAUUGGCGCUAGCGUUCACAGCAUUUUUUGCUGGACCGCGGGCACCGUAUAUAGUGUUCGAGGCCGCCAGUGUAGUGAUGGCACUGUUAGUCUUGGUCAAAAUCGGCCGCGGGUACUGGAGCGGGGAGAUAACGUCUCUAUAAUUUCUUCCUUACAUGCAUCCGUGAUGUUCAUCAGUUUUCCGGAAUAUUGGCCAGAUUGUAUUUCUAGAUCCACUUCCGUGGUUGCUGUCUAGAGGCCGCUAGCACUUAGUGGCAGAUCAAUAGACCUCAGGCGUUAGGAUUGCCUAGGCCUAAUAAUUACGUUGAUG